GUGCAUCUUGCUACUCACAAAGAAGCGAAAAUGGCGGUCCCAGAAGAUCAUCAGCAGAAACUGCGGGAAAUGGAGGCUGAAAUGAGCCGGUUUGAGCAGGAGAUAGCGGCUCCCUCUCCCGCCCUGCCCGCGGUCGCGCUGGCCGUACCCGGCGGUCCCCCUCGCAUGGUCAUCGGAGCUAACACAUUCAACCAGGUUGCAGCUAGUAUUGCCUCUGCCCAGGCGACUAUGGGAAUGGGUGUGACUGCAGUCCGUGUUGCACCUAUUAUCAACAGACCUAUCACGGUGCAGCCUGUCUCAGCUCCCAUUGGUCCAGCGGUGAUCCCUGUCAGCCGUCCGGUGCCCGCCCCUCGCCCCCAUCUUCCAUCCCCCACCAGCUGCACGCGCCCCCCCCACUGGUCCCCCCGCCACCCACCCCUACCCCCCCCUGCCCCACAUGGGGCCCCCAUCCCCCCCGUCCACCUGCCCCAAAUGGGCCCUCCCAUGGUCAGACCGACCAUGGUCGGUCCCGUAGGCCCCAUGAUGGGUCGGCCCAUUGGUCCGAUGGGGGGUGAGCGGAUGGCGAUGGGACCCAUGCCGGGGCCGAUGCCGCUGCCCAGACAGGUCCCUAUGCAGCCCCCACCCCGGCCCCAGCCUGGAGUGGUUGUAGAGAGUGGACCCACGGUGUACAAACCACCCACUACAGCAACAGAACAUUCAGAAGAACAGCCGUCCACAGAGCUGGCCCAGGCUGCUGAGAUCACACCAGUCCUGCCCACAGUGGAACCAACAGUAGAACUCCCACAGCCUGGACACCAACAAGCAGCCCCUACGGUAGAACAGGGCCAGGCUAUAGCAGCAGCUGAGGAGAGCACAUCAGGACCAGACAACCAGAAGAAGAGGAAACAGAAGGAGAAACAGAAGAAGUACAUCAGAACAGCCGCAGGACAGCUGUGGGAGGACUCCAGUCUGCAGGAGUGGGAGACAGAUGACUUCAGAAUUUUCUGUGGAGACUUAGGAAACGAGGUGAAUGAUGAUGUUCUGGCCCGAGCAUUCAACAAAUAUCCAUCCUUCCUCAAGGCCAAGGUCAUCAGGGACAAGAGGACAAACAAGACCAAAGGCUACGGGUUCGUCAGCUUCAAGGAUCCUAACGACUUUGUAAAAGCCAUGAGAGAAAUGAACGGAAAAUACGUAGGUAACAGGCCCAUCAAACUGAGAAAAAGCACGUGGAAAGACAGAUCCAUAGACAUUGUACGGAAGAAACAAAAAGAAAGAAACAAGCUGGGUUACAAGAUGUAGUUUAUAUAUAAACCUGUUGUGUUCUUCACUGUGUUAGCCAUGCUGUUUUUGACCUUCUGAUAUGAGACAAAGGUUGAACAGUACUUUAAGCAAACUCAAAACUUUUUUACAAGUACUAUUUGUCUUCUUGAUGUAAGGCCACACCAAUUUAAUUUGUUGGUUCUCGGAUUCGCCUCUUCGUUUUUUCUGAUUUGCAAA